GGAGAAGGGAUAGUUAAGAGCAUAUAUAGCUUUAGAAAACUAGAAGAAGCAAUUAAGUGUUUCCCCUUUUUCUUCUUCUUCUUCGAUAUCAAUGCCACCAUCAUCUUUGCCGGAAAAUGAUGCCGGAAAAGCUCAUCACCAUUCUCCGCCACAAGCUAAACCCACCCAACGGAAGCCCGGUGGUUGGAAAUCCAUGCCUUACGUUCUAGGAAAUGAAUCAUUUGAGAGAUUGGCGUCAAUUGGGUUGAUAGCUAAUUUCACGGUGUUUCUAAUGACGGUGUUUCAUAUGGAUCAAGUAUCAUCAUCAAACUUGAUCAACAUUUGGUCAGGAGUUACCAACUUUGCCCCUCUCGUUGGUGCCUUCAUCUCUGAUGCCUACGUUGGCAAAUUCUGGGUCAUUGCCUUCUCUUCCUUCGCCACUCUUAUGGGAAUGGUGACCAUGACCUUAAUCGUUGCACUUCCGAAAUUGCAUCCUCCAGCAUGUUCCCCUCAACAAACCAUACUUAACCAAUGCAAGGGUCCGACAAACAAACAGUUUGGCUUCUUGGUCCUAGCCCUUGGCUUCAUAACCAUAGGAAGCGGUGGGAUACGACCUUGUAGUUUGCCUUUCGGGGUUGACCAAUUCGACCCAACCACGGAUGAAGGUAGGAAAGACAUCAAUAGCUUCUUCAAUUGGUACUACACCACCUUCACUAUCAUUGUGCUCAUUGCCUUGACCCUUGUGGUCUACAUCCAAGACUCCGUGAGUUGGGUCUGGGGGUUCGGUAUCCCAACCAUGCUCAUGGUCUGCUCCAUCGCCUUGUUCUUUGUGGGUACUAAAAUUUACAUUUAUGUCAAACCCGAGGGCAGUGUUUUUUCCUCCAUCGUUCAGGUGCUCGUUGCGGCUUACAAGAAACGUAACCUUCCACUUCCCAAAGGUGAAAAAACGUUUAUUAGAGGGAAUUUUUACGAUCCACCUAUGAAAGGAACGCAUAAAAUUCCAAAGUUGCCUCUAACUGACAACUUGAGGUGUUUGAACAAAGCGGCAAUCGUAUUGGAUGGUGAAUUAAACCCUGAUGGAUCUGCAGUGAGUUUAUGGAACCUGGCAAGUAUACAACAAAUUGAGGAAGUAAAGUGUCUGGUGAAAGUUAUCCCGAUAUUAGUUUCUGGUAUUAUUUGUUUCACCGCGAUGGUCCAACAAUGGACUUUCACGGUGUCACAAGCCCUAAAAAUGGACCGCCAUUUGGGUCCACACUUUCAAAUACCAGCAGGAUCAAUCAAUAUCAUUUCCAUGAUCACCAUCGGGAUAUGGCUCCCCAUCUACGACAGGAUCCUUGUCCCAUCCCUUCGAAAAAUCACCAAAAUCGAUAGCGGGAUCACCCUCCUCCAACGUAUCGGAAUCGGUAUCGUUUUCUCCAUCUUGUCGAUGAUUGUUGCGGCAUCGAUCGAGACAAUGAGACGCAAUUCGGCAAAUAACCAUCACGGCUCAGACGGGGUUGCACCCUUGUCAGUCAUGUGGCUCGCACCACAACUGAUCUUGUUGGCAUUUGCCGAGGCAUUCAGCAUUCUCGGCCAACUGGAGUUUUAUUACAAGGAGUUCCCUGAUCACAUGAAAAGCGUGGCUACGGCGAUGUUCUCCGUCACGGCUGGUGUUGCAAAUUACGUGAGUAGCUCGUUAGUUACGACGGUGCAUAAGGUCACCGGAAAAGAUGGAAAACCGGAUUGGUUAACGGCGGAUAUAAAUGCAGCUCGAGUUGAUUACUUUUAUUAUGUGAUAGCUGGAUUAGGGGUGUUGAAUUUGGUGUAUUAUCUCAUAGUUGCUUCUCGAUAUCAAUACAAGACAAAGAUCAAAGAUAUCGAUGAAGAUGAAUCCCAAUUCGAUGUGGAGUUGAAUGGUAUCAAAAUUUGAAGUCACUUUGCUUUAGGGGUAUAAUAAUAGACACUUU